CGGAACCAAGAAUCUUCCGUCUAGGGAACCCAAACAACAGGAGCGGUUGCCGUCGGACCCCUUCACCAGGUGAAGCAAGACGUCCCCCAGUAAGGAAGGCCGGCUUCCGUCGGCCGUAGUGCCUUGUUAACCAUAUAUGGACUGCUUUGAAAACGAGCCAAUCAGCUUGUGCCAAGUUUGAAUUGUCCCGAACUCCUUCAAUUUUGCCCCAAACCGCGGCGCGGGGAGACAGAUUUCAGCCGUUUCCUGUCUCCUUGCUGGUCGACGUCGGAACAAAGCUCUUUCUUUUCUCGAAAGCUGGUGCCAUAGUACUGGCUUCUAUGCGCCCCAGGCAGUGAGCCCUUGCUCGACGAGAAUUUUUGGCGAUCGCAAACGGACUAAGGCCGCGUGGUCGUCUGGCUGAGGCCCUGUGGCCCCGGGCUGGGUGUAGGUCCUCGCCACGGACCCUGAGUGGACACCUAGACGCGAUUUGUCUAGAGGCUCUGCUAUCGGGUUCCUGCUUCCAGCCGCAGAGGCGCUCCAGGCUCCUCCGAGCUCCUUUCAUUUUUGGGGAAAACAGCUCCUGGAUCUUUUGGGUGUCAAGUGGGAUGUCAUGGCCAGCUCCUCAGACAGCGAAGAUGACAGUCUCAUGGCUGUGGACCAAGAGGAGACCGUGCCGGAAGGGACGAUGGAGCAAGACGAGGAGCCCCGCGCGGCGCUGGAGGUUGCGGAGACGCAACAUAACAGGUCCAUGUCUGAGCUGCCAGAAGAAGUUUUGGAGUAUAUCCUGUCCUUCCUCUCCCCAUACCAGGAGCACAAAACUGCAGCCCUCGUCUGCAAGCAGUGGUAUCGACUGAUUAAAGGUGUCGCCCACCAGUGUUACCAUGGUUUCAUAAAGGCUGUUCAGGAAGGAAACAUCCAGUGGGAGAGUCGCACUUACCCUUAUCCCGGGACCCCCAUCACCCAGCGGUUCUCACACAGUGCGUGCUAUUAUGAUGCUAAUCAGUCUAUGUAUGUGUUUGGAGGCUGUACCCAGAGCAGUUGCAAUGCUGCCUUCAAUGACCUCUGGAGACUUGACCUAAAUAGCAAAGAGUGGAUCCGACCUUUGGCUUCAGGGUCCUACCCGUCCCCCAAAGCUGGAGCGACCCUGGUCGUAUACAAGGACCUGCUUGUGCUGUUUGGCGGCUGGACACGGCCGAGCCCUUACCCCCUACACCAACCAGAGAGGUUCUUUGACGAGAUACACACUUACUCACCCUCUAAAAACUGGUGGAACUGCAUUGUGACCACCCACGGCCCACCUCCCAUGGCCGGGCACUCCUCUUGUGUGAUAGACGAUAAAAUGAUCGUCUUCGGCGGCUCCCUAGGAUCGCGGCAGAUGAGCAGUGACGUCUGGGUGCUGGACCUCGAGCAGUGGGCAUGGUCCAAGCCCAGCAUCUCCGGGCCCAGCCCUCAUCCCCGAGGCGGCCAGUCUCAGAUCGUCAUAGAUGAUGCAACUAUUUUAAUCCUUGGAGGGUGUGGCGGUCCCAACGCUCUCUUCAAGGAUGCUUGGUUGCUGCACAUGCACUCGGGCCCCUGGGCCUGGCAGCCGCUCAAGGUGGAGAAUGAAGACCACGGGGCCCCAGAACUGUGGUGCCAUCCAGCUUGCCGGGUCGGGCAGUGUGUGGUGGUCUUCAGCCAGGCGCCUAGUGGGCGAGCACCGCUUAGCCCCAGCCUGAACUCCCGCCCAUCACCCAUCAGUGCCACCCCUCCAGCCCUGGUUCCCGAAACCCGAGAGUACCGCUCGCAGUCUCCUGUGAGGAGUAUGGAUGAAGCACCCUGUGUUAACGGCCGCUGGGGAACCCUGAGGCCCAGAGCGCAAAGGCAGACCCCCUCCAGUUCCCGAGAAGGAAGCCUUUCCCCAGCCAGGGGCGAUGGCUCGCCUGUCCUGAAUGGUGGGAGUUUAUCUCCGGGAUCGGCAGCUGUAAGUGGCUCUUCCUUGGACAGCCCUGUGCAGGCUGUGUCUCCAAGCACCCCGUCCACCACUGAAGGGUAUGACCUGAAAAUGGGGCUCUCCCUGGCCCCUCGACGAGGAUCACUCCCCGAUCAGAAAGAUCUAAGGUUAGGGUCAAUAGAUCUGAAUUGGGACCUGAAAGCUGCCUCCAGUGGCAAUCACGUGGAUGGCGUGGGCAGCAGGACAGCGGGGGGCAGCUUGCGACACCCUCCCGAGCAGACGAACGGUGUGCACACCCCGCCACACGUGGCCAGCGCCCUCGCGGGAGCCGUUUCCCCAGGCGCCCUGCGCCGCAGCCUGGAAGCCAUCAAAGCGAUGUCAUCCAAAGGUCCCCCCACCUCCGCAGCACUGAGCCCUCCCCUGGGGUCUUCUCCAGGCUCCCCUGGGAGCCAGAACCUGGGCAGCGGAGAAGCAGUGCCCGUCCCCCGCCCCGGGCCCGCGCAGGGAGAUGGACACGCCCUGCCCCCCAUCGCCCGCCGCCUGGGCCACCACCCUCCGCAGUCCCUGAACGUGGGCAAGCCCUUGUACCAGAGCAUGAACUGCAAGCCCAUGCAGAUGUACGUGCUGGAUAUCAAGGACACCAAGGAGAAGGGGCGCGUCAAGUGGAAAGUAUUUAAUAGCAGCUCUGUGGUUGGACCUCCCGAGACCAGCCUGCAUACCGUGGUACGCGGCAGGGGCGAGCUCAUCAUAUUUGGAGGACUCAUGGACAAGAAACAGAAUGUGAAGUACUAUCCAAAAACAAACGCCUUGUACUUUGUGCGAGCAAAGAGAUAAUAUGUUCUAAAACCUUUCCCCUUUCUGUGGCUUUUAAUUUGGAAUUUUCCAGCGUGCAAGCAUUUGGACUGAGAACUGAGAAAACAGAGGACAAAAUUACUCUCAUAAACCAAACCCCAAUUCCCAGCCUCACUCACUCCAGGCUGGGAUCAAAUCUCCAUUAAGAAAAAAAAAGUAUAUAAAUCUAUAAAGAAAUAUUAUAUAGCCAACUUUGUUCAUAAAGAGGGAGAGAGCUCCAUCCUGGUUCAGAUAAAAUUGUUGCUGUGUUUUAGCAGAGGCUCUGCCGCCUUUUUCUACUUUACUGGUAACUAGACCAAGAAUUUAGGGAACAGAUUAAUACCAGAACCUUCCUACAGAAACUGAAGAGCCACCUGUAAAUCUUAUUUGGCCUUCUCAGAGUUAGAUAAGGAAAGGGCACGCAUAAAAUGCACAAGCAGAGGUUUCCGAUUCACAGGCUGUCGGUGCUGGCAGGUACAGUGACGUGUAGCAAUCUGCUCUCCGCCUGCAGAGGACCUGUGACCGCUGCUCUCUGCAGUGAUGCCCUCUGCCCAGCCCUCUUCUGCCCGUUGGGACUGAGGAAGGUUACCCAGUGGGGAUCUGCUGCACGUGUGCGCCAGGGUCAUCGUGAAACAACGUUCAUGCAGAAGCGCCUGUUUGCGUGCUCCCUCCAUGUCUUAGAAAACACUCUGGGGUCUGAUUGUGGAAUUUUCUAAUAGUCAUAUUUCAUCGCAGUUUCCAAAAUCGGUAUUUGUUCUCUUUUUCUUCCCCUUAAAACCUGGCACUCAGAGGCCGCCUUUUCUGUUUACAGCUGCUGUUCUCCCCUCCUCCCUCCCCCACCCUCUUUUUCUUUGAUAUGUGAAAUUUUUUUAAGCCCUAAAACCUUUGUCACUUUCUUUUACUAAGUUUGGGUGUCCAGAGAAAUCUCUUAGAAAUAUUUCUGGAACCCUUUUUCUCGAGUCACUAGGGGACCAGCAGGGAGUUCUGAGAUACCAACAUCAUGAGAAAUCCUUGAUGCGUCAGAAAGUACUGUGGGUUUCUUUUUAUUUCCAAAGCACAUUGGACACACCCAUCCAUGUUUAUAGAAUUGAUCUUGGAAGAGCAGUUCCUUCUAGAAGGGUUUUCGCCCUUGCUUGUGGCAUGCAUUCUUCUGCCUGGCUGUGGACUGGUGCUUGCGUUCUCUGAAGCAUGGCUGACCUCGGGACAGCUCUUUCUUUGUCUUGCUCACCUGUCGCCCAAACAAGGCUUGGGUUUUCACUUUCAUGUCAUUUCUGAGAUAACAUUUCCAACCAGAGCAGUGCUGGUGGGGUGGGGGGCGGGGGGUUGCCAGUCUCUAAACCAUGACCCGGAGAAACAUGCAUCAUUCUGGAGAUUUCUCAUCAGGAGAAGAGGGUUAUUUUGCCUGCAGGCUUUGAAUUCGUUUCUCAGCCCCGCUGUCCCCGAUUUCUUGUCGGCCUUUCCCAAGCCGAAGCGUGCUGCAGCUGGCCCUGGGUCCUGGCGCCAAGCCAGCUUUCAGCAGCCUGUCUGAUAAGUGUGCUUUCUCCUGUUACAUCAUGUUAAAUCCUUUCCCCUAGCCUUUAGCUUUUACAAUGUGGUCUUGGUGGGAAAGCGCCCUUGGUGCCAAGCCCGGGAAGGGGCCAGCUCACGGGGAGGGGUGCCUCUGCGUGCUCCCUCGGGCGAGGAAACUGCCAUGCGCCUGCUGACCAUGGUGUCCAGCUGCUCACAGCUCAGCACUUAGCUUCCCAGACUCUCUACCCUGGGCCUGUUUCCAGGCCUUCUUUGGCAAAGACCGUUAGAUCGUGCGGGGUUCCUUAUUCACAAGAGAAAGCUAGCCUAGAAGAUUAGCAAUUUCGGCGUUGCUGCUGCUGCUGAACCUUGUUUAUGACACUGCAUCUGUGCAUGCACAGUGCCUCCAAACUCACCGAGUUCCUACUUAAAUAUAAAGUAUUUGGAAGCCUGAAAGUUCUGAGUCUCAACUUGGUGAUCUUUCCCUUUGUCCCGGGGCCUUCCUAAGCCGCUGUUAACCUGUUGAUUCCUUCCACUGUCCCCAAGUAGGCAGGCAGCAGAGCUGAUGAUCCUCGUAGAAAGGAGCCUGGCUCCUUGGAACUCCAUGGCAUCCCAGGAUCACCCACACCGCUCAGAACCAGACUGCUUACAGCUCCUUCAAGAAAGCUCUGCCUCUGCCGCCCCCGCGGUGUUGGUCCCGCUGGCUCUUGUGCACUGUGGGCGUGUGUCCGGGGAGAGCGAGGCAGCACAGCCCAGGUGGCCGCCUCCUGGGUGCAGGGGGGCUCCGGGCGUCCCGGCCGAGGGGGCCGUUUCCGCGCCACCGCGGACGCCUCAGUCAGAUCCAGCUGAACCACCGCUCCGCUUUUGACACGAUGCCAAUUUUGUCUUAAGAUUCACUGAGGAAACUGAGACGGAAUAUUUUUUUAAACCCUCAGGAGCACCUAAAGUAAAUAUUUAUCAGUAUUUAAGUAUUUAAGAUACAUUUUGUCUCUACUUGAAGCUUUAACCCCUUCCGUUCCUGCAAGUGUGCCUUGGCAGCCCCCCACCGUCACGUUGACGUCACUGGCCACCACGCUGACUUCGUGAGAGGUUUAGUCUCUUCCUUUCCUUCUGAACAGAGCUCCCUGUUUCCUCAUUUUGCAGGCUGCGCAGCAGAGAGGGCUCACAUUUUUGCUCAUAUUUCUGCCCUGCUUCUGUGUUUUGGUGGUGGGUUCCAAAAACCACCCCCUCCCCACUGCACCCACCCCACUCUUGGGAGCACAAAUUUGAUGUCAGAACAAGCUUAACUUUGAGUUGUAAAGCAAUCCUGGGUUUCCUUUCCUUCCAGCCCUCUACAGAUUGAUUUGGUUUUAACGCUUGAGUUUAAUAUUAAGAGCUGAAACCACAAACUACCCUAGGAACCAUGCUGAAACUCUUUAAAAGAAGAAGAGGAAGAAGGAAGAAAAGCAACUCAUGUCUGGGCUUCGGAGGACAGAAAGCCUCCAACUGAUGGAGAACAAGGGGAUGCUUUCCUUCCAUUUCACUUGAUCUUUCUGGGUUUCCUUCUUCGCUUCUUUCCUUCCCCUUCAGAGUGACGUUCCUGGUUGGUUGGUUGGUUGGUUUGUCUGUCCUCGUCCUUGUGGUGGUCCUGGCAUGGUGAUGUGCUCUGCUCUGCGUUAUCUGUGGUCUCUUACCAGCGCACACGUCAGUGGGGGGGAUCUGAACACACCCAGGGGCAAGGCAGCCAGACUUGCAGGCCUGCACCCCAGGCAGCCUCCCCGUGAGCUGCAGAAGGCAUGUUCUGCGCGGUCACCAGUAAGCGGUGGCUCCCUCCACCGUGGUCGUUGUCAGAGGAAAGUGCCCCUUAGGCGCUGGCGCCGCUGUGCUCUCCGCUCGCUCUCUCCCCUCCCACAACCAGGGUUCCCGUCAGCACACGCGUGCUGUGCCCUGAUGAAGCUGGUGCUGAGUGACGUUUCCCACGCGACUCAGGGGUUCUGGGUGGCUCCCUGUAGGCACAUAACAGUGUAGGAAUGAAAAGUGGAUUUGAUUUCAUUGAUAUUUAAAUCUCUUGUCGAUUUUAUUUUUUGUUAAUGUUUCCCCCUGAUGACUUUUUAGCGAUUUAACAAAUAAAACAAAAUGGACCGAA